GCCAAAUUUAUAAAUAAUUUCAAUCAUCAGUGGCCAUCACCAGCAGAUUUACUAUUGCCACCCCAUCAAACACCAACCCCUAGGUCCUACUUCCUUUCCCCUCUCUACAGCCCCUUCUCCGUUCUCGCGCUUCCCUUUUUCUUAAGCAUUCCCUUGCAUCUUCUUCUCUCCCUUCCUUUCCUUUCCUCUCUCACCCUCCUCAUGCACCCAUCAUCACCUCCCCAAAUGGCGGCAGAAGGGAAGACUGAAGCCAAAGCUGAACCAAAAACAGAAGCUAAUAAAGAAGUAGUAGUGGAAGGAAAUCCAGAAUCACGUCUCAAGACCAAGACAUUGGUGUUGAAAGUCUCGAUUCAUUGUCAUUGUGAAGGCUGCAAACGGAAAGUCAAAAAGAUCCUAACAAAUAUUGACGGUGUUUACACCACGGAAAUUGAUUUAAGACAACAAAAGGUCACAGUACUGGGAAAUGUAGAUGCAGAUACUUUGAUCAAGAAACUGGUGAAGGCAGGGAAGCAUGCAGAGCUAUGGCCUGAAAAAGCUGAUCAUAAGGAGAAAAAGAAAGGAAAAUCAAAAAAUAAAGAGAAAGAAAAAGGUAAAGAGAAACUAAGCGACGAAGAAAGCGGUGAUGAAGGGGGUGAAAAAGAGAAACAAACUGUGAAAACUGAAGCAGUACAAAUUCAAGAUCCUUCUAAAGCUCCUGAAAAUGGAAGUACCCAAAAAAACCCAGAGACUAUUAAUGUUGCCAAACCUAGCGAAGGCGGCACAACCAGUAAAGCCGCCGCCGGUGGACAAAUGAAGGAGGUGAAGAUAGAAGUAAAACAACCUGAGGCCUCACCGGCCAAUAGCCCUUCACCGGUGGCCGACAAGAAAGGCAGCAGUGAAAAUGAGGGUGGUGCAGAGAAAAGUGGCAGUGGAAGCAAAAAGAAGAAAAAGAAGGGGCAAAAAGGGAAUAAUGACAAUGUUGAUGAGGGUGAACAUUCUGGUGAUGCAUUAGCAGGCACUGGAUCACCUAGUCAAGGUGAUGGUCAAGGCUCUGUUGGCUAUCCUAUCAAUCACAGCCCUCCGAAUCACCACGUGUAUCAAUACCCACCACAUUACUAUGCACCUCCUCCAGUGCACGCCGCGCAUUACAAUACAGCGCACCCCAGUACUAGCUACGGUGCAUCAGUCUAUCCCCCAGCGUAUUCAUACGUGCGCAUGCAUCCGGGGUCGGCAAGUGAACUUCCAACGUCCGAUUUGGACGCAGAUCCAUCACAGCCGUCUGAUUCAUUUGAGAUUUUUAGCGACGAAAAUCCAAAUGCAUGCUCAAUCAUGUGAAAAUUCGGAAACAAAUGGUGGAAUCAACACUUGGAACUUAUACUUCUUGUAUAAGUAAGUCUAGGGGGGUAAAAUUUUGUAAUAUAAGUAGAUAUAUGAUUGGUAAAAAUUAUAAUAGCUAGGGGAAAAUAGGAGGGGCGAUGAGGGUUUUGAAGGGGGUUUUCUCUUUAGUUGGGGGUGUGUGAUUUAGCUUUCUUUGUGUAUUUUACUCUUUCAAGGUUGUUCUCAGAAGUUUAUAUAUAAAUGCUAGCCGUGUAAUGUUUAGUUGUUAA